AUGGCGGGGCUGGCUUGGAAGUGGCCGCGCACCCGGCUGCCCGUGGGGGCCAGCGCCCUCGGCGUCUUCGUCCUUUGCUGGCUCUACAUCUUCCCCGUGUACCGGCUGCCCGACGAGAAGGAGAUCGUUCAGGGGGUGCUGCUGCAGCAGGGCAAGGCGUGGAGAAGAAACCACACUGCGGUCGCUGUCUUCAGGAAGCUGCUGGAAGACUGCUGUGACCCUGGGCAGCUCUUUGCGAUGACAAAACAGAACUCCCCAAUGGGAAAGAACCUCUGGUUUGAUGGGGAAUUUUUGUAUUCUUUCACCAUUGACAAUACAACUUACUCGCUAUUCCCACAGGCUACACCCUUCCAGCUGCCACUGAAGAAAUGCUCUGUGGUGGGAAACGGUGGGAUUCUCAAAAAGAGCGGCUGCGGAAAACAAAUAGAUCAAGCGGAUUUUGUCAUGCGGUGCAACCUUCCUCCUCUAUCCAGAGAAUACAGCAAGGAUGUUGGAUUGAAAACCCAGCUGGUGACUGCAAAUCCCAGUAUAAUUCAGAAAAGAUUCCAGAAUCUGCUUUGGUCUCGAAAAGCAUUUGUGGACAGCGUGAAGGUGUAUAAUCACAGUUACAUCUAUAUGCCGGCCUUCUCAAUGAAGACAGGGACGGGCCCCUCCCUGCGCGUCUAUUACACCCUGAAGGACUUUGGUGCCAAGCAGGCGGUGCUUUUUGCCAACCCCAAUUUCCUGCGUGACAUUGGCAAGUUCUGGAAGAGCAAAGGUAUCCAUGCCAAACGACUUUCCACGGGACUUUUCCUAGUCAGUGCUGCCCUUGGUCUCUGUGAAGAAGUAACAAUUUAUGGCUUCUGGCCGUUCUCAGUGGACCUGCAUGGGAAGUUUAUUAGCCACCAUUACUAUGACAAUGUCUUGCCCGAUUCCGGAUUCCAUGCCAUGCCGGAGGAAUUUCUACAGCUCUGGUUCCUUCAUAAAAGUGGUGUACUGAGAAUGCAGCUAGAACAGUGUGAGGACCCUUUAACCCAGUCUUCUGCCUAAGGAUCGUAGCAGUCGGUUUGGGAGAUCCACUAGUUUUUAAUUUCCUUGCUCUCCUACAGAGAGUUCUGAUCUUCUGUUGAUUCUUUUUAAAGGGAAAAUAAUCAUGGAUCUGCAUGGACCGUAAAAAUGCUGCUUGAAAGCCAAAUGGAAUAUGUCCUUAAUGUAUGUUCUAUGGAACUGCGGUGGGGGAAACAAACCUCUCCAUCAAGUCCAUUCAGCAGUAAUGUGAAAAUAAUGUCAGAAGCAACUCAAAUGAACUUUCUGGGUGACGUUUUUAAAUGACCGAUGUAAGAAGGGCAUUAAGGCUCAGAGAGAAAUGGGGCCACCCACAAGCUUUUGCUGACAGUGCCAAAUAUGACUGUCUGUUCAAAGAUCCAUUUCAUUCCAGAUUGGCGCCUCAUAUAACUCUUUUUUUGUUUUGUUUUUCCUUCCCUUGUGAGUGUGCUUGUGUGUAGUGGUAAGGGGUGUAGAGGAAAGUGUGUGUAUUGUUAACUCUCUUUGUUUCUUUUUUUCCAUUUUUUUGUUUUCCAAUGGAAGAAAGGUGGAAGGUGUGAAAGCCUGAGGAGCUGAGUACCAUCAACUCCUAAGACUUGUGAAUGUGAAGGGUGCUGAGAAUCUGGUAGAAGAAUGUAUUGGGAAUGCCCUGCUACUGAAUAUGGAUGAACCUACCUGUUGUAGGUUUUGUCAGGAUAGUUUGGUCAUUGCACUUAUAUCCAUAUUAAUGCUACCUUAUGGGCAACAGCUGGUUAAGGUAAAUUGGCUUGAAGAUAAAAGUUGUGGUACAAAAACAAAAGUGAAGUGCAACCAGGUUUUAACUGACCAGCUGCAAGAUUUCCAUAGUGACUUUGGUAGCAGGGAUUGCUCCUUACUUGUUGUGCUAUUUUGCCUUUGGGAUUAGUUCCGUGUUCAUUUGGACUCCAGAUGUUCAGUGACUAUCAAGGGGAUUUGAGGUGUUCAGUGAAAUGCAAGAUAAGAUUCUUCAUGUGCUUCUAACAGAAAAACUGCAGAAAUGAAUGUAAGUGUCAUUUAAAAUCAGUUGAAACUUUGAAAAUCCCUUUCUCUUUGUGCUACUAGCUCCUCUUUUCGGAUUGUAACAUUAGCCUUAAAGAUUUGUACUUCUGUUGCAAGAUUGUCUCUGGUUAAAGAGAGCCUGAAAAGUAAAACAGCCUUUGGGAGCACUGAAAAACAAUAUAGCCAGCGAGAAAAAAAUGAAACAAAGCAAACAAACAAACAAAAAAAAACCACCAGAAAAGGCAGGCACUUACGUAAUGCAGCCUUUCUCUUUGCAAUCAGAGAAUUAUAUAAGCGUGCAAAUUGCACUGCGGCUGCUCCGGUCAGUGCAGUGCCUAAAGGACUGUUUUAUUUUUGGAUAUUACUUGGACAGCGGAUGAUCCUAUUGCCAUGUAAAUGAGAAAUCUUUUUGUUUGCUUUGUUCUAACACUGUAGGACAGGAAGAAAAUACCUACUUGGUCCAGAGUGCAAUUUCAGCUGCAAGAUGCUAUCACUGUUAACUUUAUAAUCCAAAAUCAUGUUCUCUUUCUUCUACUUCUAUCGUUAGUAGCUGAAAUUCUAGUCAAAAUGUUGAAACAACAAAACUGUCGUCAGGUUUCCACAACAAUUUCCUGUGUUACCUGUUUUAGCUCCAAAGUGCUAGUAUUUUGGGGGAGGUGUCCUAUCAUAUGUUGGCAACCGCUCUCUUUGUAGACUACAAGCUGCAAGUUAUAUAGAUAUAAUUAAAAAAAAAAAAAAGCAACACCCCUGGCUCUUCUUUAAAUAUGAAUAAUUCGACUAUCUAUGUAGGACAUUGAAAAAAAGCCUUAUUUUGCUUUUUAAAAAUGUGUUUUGGAAUAAAAUCUUCUUCCUAAAUAUGGGUAUUCCAAAUAUACAUUUGGGCAUUGUUCAUUAGGAUUACAGUGUAGCUCUAAAUUGCAAAGGGGAGAUUUGGAUUAAAUGCUGUUUUAGAGAUUGUUCUGAUAAAAUCUGAAUGUCCUUCUGUAACCCAUUUUAUCUCUGUCCAUAUGCUUUUUUUGAAGUACAAUCAACACAUCAAUAGACCAUCACUG